CGAAUUGGACCGAAUUGGGACGUUUCAUGCGCAACUACGCGUAGGGACGAACCUCGAAUAAAAAACAACGGACGACCGGAAAACUGGCACUAGCAGCCAUGGCCGCCAUCGCUGAACCCCGGCGGGUCGCCGAGAUCAUGCUCUCAUGGCUCGGUCUAGAGCUCGUCUCGUGCGUCGAGCUACAGUCGCUGUGGGCGGGCUACGGCCAUAUCUGCGCCCUCCGGGGCAAGGUCGCAGACGCGGCCAAGCUCCCUCAGGGCCUUGCUACCGCAGCAUCGGACAGGAGCAACGUCGCCCUGAUCCUCAAGCUGAUCUCCCCGCCACGCCAAAGGGGGGCCAAGGCGAUGGACGAGGGCCACCUGCGCAAGAUGUUCAGCUACGAGGUAGAACAGUACUUUUACCAACAAGUCGCGCCGUCGCUGCCCAAGGACGACGUGGCCGUCGCAGAGUGCUUCGCGUCGACGAGGGACGAGCGAUUCCUCGACAGCAGCCCCGAGGCGCGCGGGCUCGGCGGCGUGACCGCGACGAUAAUGACGGAUCUGCGGUCGCGAUUCCCCGUUGCCGGAGAGAAGCGCGCCGUCUUGAGCAGCCGUCAGAUCCAUUCGGCACUGGACUGGCUCGCCAAGUUCCACGGCACAACGAGGGUUCUGCUCUCGCCUCGGGUGGCGGAAAGGCUUGAGGUCGGGCUGGAGGAUUAUCUUUUGCCGCCGCUCGAAGAGGCGAAGCGACGACAAAAUGGAACGUUGCAGACGGACGGCUCCAAGAGCGCCGCAGGGUCCAAGCUAUGGCUAAACGGGGGCUACACUUAUCUCGCCACGAGGCGCAAGGAAUACCAGUCUCUUGUACGGGACGGCUACUCGGAAUGGUCCGCAGCCUUUUGUCGGCCGACAUCAGGAAGCUCCGUCGGCGAGAUGGCGGCCAAGUUCCUCACCCCGACCGGCCGGCCGUUCGAGUCCUACAUCCACGGCGACGUCAAGUCGGAAAACCUCUUCACCACGGCGCAAGGGGACCGCGUUGCCUUUUACGACUUCCAGUACGUCGGGCUCGGACUGGGAGUCUGCGACCUGGCCAAACUGUUCACGUGCUCCGUACCCCUUGAGAUGCUCACUAGCUCUGACGAGGGGGGGCUUCCUGAAGCGCUUCCCAUGGAACAGGAGGAGAGAUCACUUGUGGAAGCGUACAGGCAGACGUUGCUGACUACGAUCAGGGGUGACAAUGACGACAUGCGGCUGCCAUAUGACGACAAUGACAUGUUUCUAAGACACUGGGAGACGGCGCUGGUGGAUUGGUGUCGCUUCCAGGCCUCAUGGGGGUUCUGGGGGAACACUGAGUGGCUCGAGGCCAGGGUACGGUCGAUCCUGGCGGACGAGGGCUGGAGGCAAUGGCUGAAGCUACAGGUAGACGAGAAGAAAUCGGAUGCGAAUUACAGAUGAACUUGUUGAGUAGAGUCAAGCGGGGAGAAUACAAGUUUUACAAAUGGAUUUAUCUAGUAUUGCCGAGA